AUGAGAGACCUCUCAAAGUCACUACCGAGGGAGCUUGUCUCCAUCCUGGAGCCCCUGCUGGCUUACCGGGUUGGGGACUACUCCCUCAGGACUUCCUAUAAGUCCAAAACUUCCACGCUCUCCAUCUCCUUUGACUUAUGUCAUAAGAAGAGGCCUCUGGUCAAAGCCCCGGCCAAGACCAAGCCCAAGGAGAAACCCACCCCGGCCCCUACCCCUGCUGCACUAAGCCCGGUACAGAGGAAAAGGCCGCCCAAGGUAAAGAAGACCCCUCCAGUCUCCAUCAUGGAGAUUGAGGAAAGUCUUCCCACUACCCCUCCACCCCCAACAGCAGCACCGGAGCUCGCUCCCCUCGAAUCCAGUGGGGAGGAGCCCUUUCGCUCGCCUGAGGGGACAGGACACGGGAGAAAGAAGAGGAAGAGGAGAAGCAUAUUCUCCCCAGACGCUUCACCCCUCCCAGCUCCUACAAUCACCAAGUCCAUAGAGUGUCAGACCGCCGACCCACCAGGCCCUGAACUCAAUGACAGCCACACCCAGACCGCCACUCCACCAGUCCCUCCUCUCCGCGACAGCCACACCCAGACCAACCCGGUCAAGGUGCCAAAGGAGAAGCCAGAGGACGCGCGGCUCAUGCUUACCCGGGAAGCGGCUAAAGUCAUGGACCUCUUCAAGCACCUGCCUCCACCCGCCUCCGGGAAACCAACCAACAGGAUCAAACUCUAG